UCCUAUUAUAAAAUCUACAGCUAACUUUUAUGGAGAAGGAUUGUACUAAACAGCAUCUCCUUCAACAUCUUCUUCGUCUCGUUUUCUAUCUGUUAAUAUUCUUCAUUCCUAAUACUUCCAAGGCCCUUGCAAAUCCAAGAGCUUCCAAUAAUUCAGCUCCGGCAGUCAUAGUGUUUGGAGACUCGACUGUCGAUCCUGGGAAUAACAACUACGUGAAAACAGUUUUUAAGGCUAAUUUUGCACCCUAUGGAAAGGAUUUUGCAAACCACGUCCCAACAGGAAGGUUCAGUAAUGGGCGGCUAACCCCUGAUUUUAUCGCUUCAUAUAUCGGUAUCAAAGAGUCUAUACCUCCGUAUUUAGACCCUACUCUUAGCAUCGAGGAGCUUAUGACUGGAGUUAGUUUUGCUUCGGCUGGCUCCGGAUUUGAUCCUCUUACACCAAGAGUGUCCAAUGUGAUCGGCAUACCAAAGCAACUGGCGAACUUUAAAGAGUAUAAAAAAAGACUGGAGUCCGCAAUUGGGACGAAAGAGACCGAAAAUCAUAUCAACAAGGCAUUGUUUAUCGUCAGUGCUGGCACGAAUGACUUCGUUAUCAAUUAUUUUACUCUGCCAAUCCGACGAAAAACCUACUCCGUCUCAGAUUACCAGCAAUUCAUCCUGCAAAAAGCCACACAAUUCCUUCAGGAUUUGUUUGAGCAAGGAGCAAGAAGAAUCUUAUUUAGUUCACUACCUCCAAUGGGUUGCCUGCCAGUCGUUAUCACCAUGUUCUCGAAGCAUGCCAUCUCAGAACGUGGUUGUCUUGAUAAUUAUUCCUCCGUUGGACGACAGUUCAAUCAGUUGCUACAAAACGAGUUAAAUCUCAUGCAAUUUCGAUUAGCAAAUCAGAGUGUUAGGAUCUAUUUAACUGAUUCGUACAUAGCUCUGACUGACAUGGUUCAAGGGCAUGGAAGGUCUGCAUUUGAUGAAGUAAGCCUUGGCUGCUGUGAAACCGGUUACUUGGAAACAGCAAUCUUGUGCAAUCCAAAAGCAUUUUUGUGUCCUGAUGCAUCAAAGUACGUAUUUUGGGAUUCAAUACAUCCAACUGAGCAGGUAUACAGCAAUGUUUUUAAGUCCCUCCGUCCUAUAAUUGAUGCUAUCAUCAGGGAUUAAUAUUCAUUUAUUUUUCAUCCUAGAGAAUGUUGUGGAGGGGAAUUUCCUAUUUUUUCCCGUUCCUUUAUGGAAAUUGUAUACAAUCAGAAGUCAUCAUGUAUGACCAAUAAUA